AUGGCCCAGUUUAAGCUUCCUGGCCGAGACAAAAGCUGCAGAGGCCGUUGUGGAGAAGCGUAUUACCGAGGAAACGCAUGUCAGUGUGACUACGAGUGUCUCUCACACAAAGAGUGCUGCAAAAACUACGAGUCUCUUUGUACCACAGGUGAUUCGUGUAAAGGCCGAUGUGGGGAGCAUUUUAAGCGAGGACAAGUGUGUCACUGUGAUAUUGAGUGUGUUAAAUUCAAACAGUGCUGUCCAGACUAUGAGGCGCAGUGCACAGUAGAAGACGACUAUGACCCUGAUGAAGAAGUGAUCAUUGAUGGGACCCCUGUUCCAGAGGUUGCCAGUGGAAGCGAGUCAUUGCCCUCAGCUGCUCCUGAAGAUAAGGCGAUGGACUCGGCUGAAAUCGAGCCAACACUUCCCCCUGUCCUGCCUGAGGAUAACACAGAUCUGAAGGACCUUCCUGUACCAGAAGAAAACCCUGAAAGCCCCCAGGCUGCCUCUGAAUCUGAGCAUUCUCCCAUCCCUUCACCUCCUACUCUACCUCCUCUGGUAACCUCCACUAAGCCCACCACCACCCAGCAGCCAUCAGAUCAGCCUCUAUUUCCCACAAGCCCUGGAUUAGGCCCCACUCCAGCAUCUGACCAGGAUGCCCAAGCAAACAUUGAGAGUACCUCAGACCCCAAAACCACUCUUCCAACCACUGCUCAUCCAAGUGAUCUUGAAAUUGAUGCCUCUAAUCCAACUGAGCUUAAACCCACAAGCCCAGACCAGACUGAAGGAGUGUUGGCCCCAGAGACGAAGCCUGAACCCCAGACAGAACAGCUUCAAUUAGAGCCCAGUGAAAACGCAAAGGGAUGCGAAGGGGUGAGCGCCACCAACUUGGACCCAACAGAGAAGCCUAGCGCUGCCGAACCAACAAAACCGCAGGAAAAUAUAAAGGAUUCCCCGUCGACAAAAGCUCCUUCCGCUACUCCUGCUUCUGAGAAAGUGGAUCCUUCUCCAACCAAAGCACCAGAAAAGCCCACUAAACCUAAAGUUCUUGAUGAGGGGAGCACUCAGGAUUAUCAGGCAGAUGCCAACAACGACACUAAUCUCUGUAGUGGGCGUCCAGUCAACGGCUUGACCACACUCAGAAAUGGCACCAUCGUGGUUUUCCGAGGUCACUACUUUUGGACACUGGACUCCAGAAGGAACCCUGGGCCUCCUCUGGGAAUCACAGACGUGUGGGGAAUUCCCUCUCCUAUCGAUACUGUCUACACUCGCUGCAACUGCGAAGGAAAGACCUACUUUUUCAAGGGCGAUAACUACUGGAGGUUUGAGAACGGCAUCAUGGACGCUGGAUUCCCGAGACCUGUCAGUGCGGGCUUCGGACUGAGUGGUCAAAUCACCGCAGCUUUGUCCAUGCCUCAGUACCGGAGCAGGAAGGAGUCCGUGUUUUUCUUCAAAAAAGGUGGACUGGCUCAAAGAUACAGCUACCGCAUCACACCUCAAUGUGGCAGAAACACAGCUGUGUACACAGUAUCAAUGAAGGUCAAGAGGCAAGCAGACCCUGAACUCGGACCGGAGAUCGACAUCAGAAAGACAUGGAGAGGGUUUCCCUCCACUGUGACCUCUGCUGUGUCCGUGCCGUCGUCAGGAGGGGACGGAUACAAAUACUAUAUUUUCUCAAGGACCAAGUACUACAGUUUAAAGAUGGAAGGCAACACACCAGUGAUUCUCACCCCCAGGGAUGGACCAGGGAAGCAAAAAUCAGCAAAGAGCUGGUUCAGAUGCCCCGAAACACAAAGCCUGUAAAACUAGGUCCUUGAAAAUUAGGUUAAUUUCUCAUUUAAAACCCUUUGCCAACACAAACUAGACAUUUAGUGAUAUUCUAUCACACUGAAAUAUUAAUGACUAUUAGUCUUUCUAUCAAAAGAAGUCUUUAUUGUAUCCACAUAAAAACCAACCAACGCCGUGGCUUACCCACAUACAUUAAACAUAAAUGAAAAUGAUUAUAAUCAAACACAUGAAGCAUCUUAACAACAGCUGCAGUCACAAUUUGUGUUGUAGUAGCAACGAAAUUGAACGCAGCGCUUCUGGAAUUUGCUUCAUCUGGCAAAGCGCCCUCGAACUCCCAUAACUCCUAAUCCAUCUGCAGGAAGAAACGGUAUUGAUUAUAAACAUGUACCAUCUUUUGUAUAUAAAGUAUGUUUGACAAUUUUGUAAUUUUCAUUAUUAAACCUAAUAAAACUUCACUCAAGUUUA